UCCAGUGAGUGAAGCAUCUAAUACUUCUGAGGCUUGCUCAAGAAAAAUACAGGAUAACGAUGCUCCUAACACAAUACCAAUACCACAAAACCAAAAUAGCGGUUACAAGCGUGGUCACGUCGAACAAAGAAGUAAAACUUCCUCGUGGAGUUGGUGGUCUUCUUCCUCGAGUGGCCGCUCACCCGUGAACAAUAGCCCUGAAGAGAAACAUAAGUAUAAUGAUGAUGCCUCAACUUAUGAUAGCGACAAAGAUAGUAAUAGUUCUUCUGUUGACGUUUCCUCUUCGAUAAGAGAGACUCACAGUGAAAAUAAAAAAUCACACCAAUCCGUAGAAAUAAAUCCCGUAGAUUCCGCAGAAAAAAAGGAGCACAAAAAGCUGUCGGAUACCGCAACCAUCAUAGAGGAUUCAGAAGAGCAUAUUGUUAAUAAACAUAUUGUUAAUAAAGCUUCCGAUCCAAGAUCAUCAUCUUCCUGGUGGCUAUUCGGAAACAAUCAUAACAAUAGUCGAUCAUCCGAAAAAUUCGACACUACAACCUUCGUCAACAACACCAAAACUACCAUCAACACUAAUACGGUAAUAGACAACAAAUCAACCACAGAUCUUUCACAAUUAAAAGUAGUUACUAAAGACUCUAGUAUCACACAACAAAAUGAGGAACCGGAUCAGUCAAAAAAUCCAAUAAAAAGCUCCACCACUUCAAUACAUAAUGGAUAUUCAACGACGAGGGUAAAAAGAACGUCAUCGGAUACAAAACGGUGGUCACUGUUCGGUACGUGGUCAGCAUCAACAUCCACAUUGAACUUGUUGGAGAAUGAUGACAGGAGUGAGAACCACAAGACCGACGAUGAAGCUUCCUCGACAGAACCGGACGCUCCUCUAUCACGAUCAUCAACUUUACCUACCACGCUCCCUCCGUCAAACACCACGCCAUCGCCUUCCGCCAAGGAUUCACAGAAAUCAUCGACAAAUCCUCAAAACAAGCAUGAAGCCAACCCAUUGGUCCAAUCACUCUCCAAAAAUAGGCAGUCGUGGUUGGACUUUUUUACAAACGGACCUCCAUCUCAAACGAAC